AUACACUUUUUAAUAGUUCAUUAUAUAAUAUUAAAGGAAGUUGCUCAAGGUAUCGACAUCAAAUUUGCCACUUUACUGUUUGGUUUGUUUCGGUUUUUAUUAAGUUUUGUGGCUACAGGAAUGUUGCAUAGUUACGGUAGACGUCCACUAUGUAUGAUUAGUAGUAUCAUCAUGGGAAUUACCUUGUUUAUUUCUGGAUUGUGCUUUUUUUUAAGAACUAAAGGUGAUGAAAGUAUUAUUAUGACAUGGACAUCAUUAUUGUGUAUGUUAGUGUAUAUUUCGGCUGGCUCUGUUGGUAUAAUGCUGAUUCCAUGGAUAUUGCCCAGCGAAAUGUUUCCAACUGAAGUUAAAGGAUUAUUUAUUGGACCGAUUAUGGCAUGGUGUAAUGCAGUUAUGUUUGUUGCAGUUCAUUUUUAUGAGGAUCUUAAAACAAUAUUGGGCGGAAUGUUGGGCAUUUUGUGGUUCUAUAGUUUCAUAUCAAUACUAACCGUGUUUUUUGUGUGGGUGUUUAUUCCUGAGACACAUGAAAUGAAAUUAUCUGAAAUAGAAGAUUAUUUUAAGGAUAAUAAUAUAUACUUAUUAAGAAAGAAAAAGUCUGUUAAUAACAAACAAUUGUAUAUGUAAUAUUAAAUUGAUAUUUACUUUUAUAUAAAAUAAUUAUUGUUAAUUAUAAUUGCUGUUGAAAGUUGUUUAAAGUGUACAAUAUUGAUUUGAAAUUCAGGAAACAUUUUUGAGUUUUGGUAAUAAAAUCUAAUGAAAAAA